UAUAGACGCGGGUGACAACCAAUUUGGUUCUUCCUGAGGAGCUAUGAUUCUCUGGCUGUAUAAAUGUCUGUGCCUCUGCGCCCCUUUCUUUGCGUAUUCUUCUUCAUCCUCUGCUCUGCUCUUCUUCUCACAUACUCUCAGUCUCUGUGGGGCUUUUCCUUGCUCGGGCGCAAAUGGACAACGCGACGUCGCCCGAUUCGUCUUCCUCGACUGUCAAGUGCUCCAUCUGCAUGGACGACGUCUCCGAUGACUGUGGCCGUACGGUCGUCAGGCUUCGCUGCUCUCACUCGUUUCAUCUCGAUUGCAUCGGUUCUGCAUUCAAUGUAAAAGGUGUCAUGGAAUGCCCGAAUUGCCGUGAGAUUGAGAAUGGUGUAUGGAGGUGUUUUGAGAAUGGUAGCCCUGGGCCUGACUUAUAUGAGGGGAUGGUUGAGGAGCCUGUGGAUUUCAUUGACAUGGGAAAUGGAACUUUUGUACGUCACUAUACUUGGGAAACAAGGUUACCAUCACCUGGCUACUUAGAACCACAUAUUGAAGAUGCAGAUGGGAAUUUCAUUGACCCCUAUGCCGUCUUUUCUGGUAAUCCUAAUACCAGCCAUCAAUUGAGUGGCCCUCCUGUACACAGUGGGGUAUUUACUUCCCGGGUUAAUUGGAGAUGUGAUCCUUUCAUAUGUGAUACCUGUAUCAAUUCUUUUUCAAGGGGUCACCAUACCAGUGGUGCUAAUUGGGCUUCAGUUAGAUCUGCAACCUUGAGUGCUGGGCUUGAUUUUCAUGCUAUGCCAAAUGAACCAUUUGUUCCUCGAAUCGUUGAGCGUGGGAUGCGUGUUCAAACUGCUACUGAAUCUCCAUUUGGUUUGGGUUAUCAAGGAAGCAAUGAUCCAGUUUAUUCCAACUUACGAAGGAUGCAGCAGACACCAACCAAUUCCUCUUCAUCUGCCGCGGACACUUACAUGAGAAGAUCAAAUGGAUUGAGGGGCUGGUUUCCAGCAGAGUACACAGCACCUUCGCUAGUUGAACAGACUGGGAAUUCCUUUGCAUGGUCUGUGAACCUCAACUCUAACCUGUCAGAAGCAGCAACUCACAGUCAUCACCAUGUCCAGGAAAGAAAUGCAGUCGAACCUCUCCAACUAUUUCCUGAAGACACUGGUUCACUGCUCCCGGACAUUAAUGAGUAAGCUUGAUAGCAGGCUGAACUGAAAUGUCCGUGAGAGGCAAAAAAAAAGCUAAGUUGCUUAGCCUUGAAUAAUUAUUACCGCAGGUGCAAAAUGUUCUUCCUAUGAAGAGCAUAAACUCCAAGGAUGAGAAACCAUAACUGCAAAACUUGAGGCUAUGAAGGUGUUAGUUUCAGGCCUAGGAAUGUAUGGCUGGUUAGUUGAUGCCAUAUGGUAUGGACUAAAUUUGUUUUAUGCAACCAACGAAAGAAAAAAAAAUUGCCUUGUGCAAACUCUUUUUAUAACUUUCGCAUCCUUGCCAAUGUGAUGUACUGUGGAUCACUUAGUGCCACAUCCAAACGACCAAAGUCAAGUUCGACUUUGAUUCUACACAAGUCGGCGUUGGCAUUGGAGCUGAUUAGAUGGGUAAGUCAUUGAAAAUCCAAUAAGUAAUAUGUGUUCUUGAAUCUGGGGUAUUUUCGUUUUUUUUUUUUUCAGGCGUAAAGUCAUUUUUGGUCUAUUUAGUUAGUUUGUUUACCACUUUGGUCCCAUUAGUAUCAAUUUUGUCUAUGUAAUUUUAAAUCUCUUGCAAUUCAAUGACACUUGGAAAUGCAAGGCUAGGUCAAUCAGCAUCUGGACUGUCAGCGGUAGUGGGAAUUCUCCUGUUCCCUGGUGCUCGUCCAAGCGAGUUCAGUUUUCUUGUUACUAAACUCCCUGUGCCACCCUGUGACCUUCUUAUACUCGUGACACGUGUCCCUUCAUUUAACAAAAACUUAACUCUAUUAAGUCUUUAAUUUUUAUCAAAAUAAUAAUUAAAAUAAUUAUAUUAAAGGUUUGUUUAUCAAGAACUGGCUGAGCUUUCAUAUAAGCGCAGGAAAGAUGAAGGGGUAACGAAAACAUUUUUCCGAUGUAAGGUGGUUAAAAGGCUGACGGGGUUUUGUACGUUGGAGCAUGGCGGUUCUGUUGCUGGGCCUCGACAACUCGAGUAGAAGCUCGGCGGGUCGGCAAAUUGCAGAUUCGACAAAGAUUUCUAAGGCGAGUUCGACAACUUUCAGGUGUUGGAUGACGGUGUUUCAUCUGGGUUCCAUAAAUCGAAGCCCGUGGGUGUCACCAAUUGAUGUGCGGUUGUCGGAAAUUAACCAGGCCAGCGGCUGUCACCUCGGUGGUAUCAACAAUCUGAUUUGAUCAAUGAAAAAAACACAACAAAGAAAAGUUUGUGAAUUUAAGAUGGGUUCAUUGAUGUUGAUGACCGGACAAAAAUACACAUGCAAAUCUACCACUUAUGGGCUAUUGUUGUGGAGAAUUUUUGCAUGAUAAUUUGUCGCUGAGAGUGAAUAUCUGGGCACAGACCAAAGAGAAAGAUGAUGAAGAAUUAUUUUUUUGUUUUUAAA